GGGAGGCGAGGCUGGCCUCUGCGGAGCACGCCACGCCUACCGGGUAACCACCACAGCUUCCUAUAAGGUGGAUGUGCCGCGGCGGUCAGCCAGUCUGGCACCAGCUGCAGCAUGGAGCCGGUCGCCAUCAGGGGCUCCAGAACGCCACCUUCGGCUCCGGCCCGCACCUCCAGCAAGUGGACGAGCACGGCUCAGAGCUGACAUCUGACCUGACAUCUGACCUGACAUCUGACCUGACCUGACAUCUGUCAGCUGACAACUGUCGACACGGUCGCAAGGUGAUCGCAGCCGCGUACUGACGGACGCAGCAGAAUGUUGACGAAUGAUGAAGUUGUUCUCUGACAAACGCUGAACGACUUCAACAAACGCUGCCAGGUGUUUACGACUGCAAUCGGACGGUUUCUGACACUGACCGGAUCGAGACGGACGCAAACGGACGCUGACUUUCGAGCGAAGUCGCUACCGAACACCGACGCAGCUCUCGCAGCAUCAUGGGUGUCUUCUCUAAAUGUUUUCUGCCGCCCAAGGCCGCCAGGGUCGAUUUGAUGGUGAACGGUGGCGAGGUGGUUUCUACAACGGUCGAUAUUAUUCAGCGGAACCCUGUGCUCAACAUGCUGUGGCAACACUCGCUGGCGGAGCCCGGCAAGCCUCUGCAGCUGAAGGAUGACAAGAACGAUGUAGUGACACUGCUCCGCCAUCUAGCCGGACAGCCGGUGGAUCUCAGUAACCGCGAGCUGGCCGAGCUGAUCAAGCUGUUCUGCAGCGUCCACCAGUACCAGUGCUACCGACUCCUCUCAGACAUUCUGAGAGAAAUGGAACGCUUCCAGAGUCCGGAGUAUCUGCUGCGUAUCUACAAAGUUCUGCGGCCGCUGCCGGAGCUGCCGGAGAUUGGCGACCCUGACGGCCCGAGUGCCCCUCCCGAGAUCGACCUGCGAGACGUCGACCCGGAGCAGGACGAUUUCGCUGCUCAGCUCACCCGCACCUACCAGCGCUGUCUGCAGGUGAUCGACAGCCGCAGCUCGGAGGUGCUCAGCUCGGACGCGCUGCUCUCGCUACCCCUGGAGCUGCUGGAGGAGCUGAUUCAGAGACCGACCCUGAAGGCCCGCGAGCUGGACAUCGGCCGCGGUCUGCUGCGCUGGCUGCGUCACCACCGCUUCAACUCGCCGACGGGCAGGUCGGACCCGGGCCGCGCGCUGGUGCUCGACUCGCUCCGCCUGCUCACCAUGUCUCCCAAGGAUCUGAAGAAGCUGGAGCUGGAGACGGAGAACAUUCUGAGCCGGGAGGAGCUGGAGGCGGUGCUGCGACUGGCGCACCACGGCUCCGGUCCGCUGCCGCAGCAGCUGGAGGAGUACCGCUCCUACUGGCAGUGUCCCCGCGGCGGGUCUUCCCGCGAUGGAGGAAAGGCCGGCAGAGGGCUCCUAAAGAGGCUGGUCGGACACACCAAGGGGAAGGGUCACGGCAGUCACAGAGGUCAGGACGUGACCGACUCGGCCGAAAGACGCGAGGCCAUCCGGCAGAAGCGCAACCGAAGCGCCGAUAAGUUCAAAAUGGCGCUGGCCACCGGGGUCUCGUUUGUUUUCGAUUGAGGGUAUCGGCAGCGGGGCUUAGAGAGGCUUCAGGUGUGGCACGCCGUCCGAACGCGGGCUUUCUUGUUCUUUCAAUCACGCUUGCUUCUCGGCUUCUGGAAGUUCAGAGUCAGAGCGCUGAAUUUAUAUGCCACAAGAAGUGGCGGGAUGUUUCGAAGCAGGUUGGGGGCUGCAAUUGUAUCUGCUUUAUGGGGCGCAGAGAGAAACCUUGGCGCGUUUUGUCUAAUUAUCCAAGAAACUGAUUUGCCAGACUGAGGGCCUAUCCCAGAGUUUAUGAGCUAAUAAGUGUAAAAGAAUACCAGUUAAGUAAGCUUAGAUUAUAAAGCUAGGAGCGCAUUUGUGAUAAGGUUGUAUAAAGUAUGUGUGCGUUUUUUGUAGCUUUCGAAAAGGCCCUACUAGUACCAAAAAGUUUUGCGAAGAGUUUCCUUUUUGCGCUUUAUGUUAAAGCUGUCUUAUCUCUGAAUACCCUUAGAAACGGUUCUAUGAAAAUACUUUAUCUACACUACCUGUUACUUUUUAGAAAUAGUAUGUAUGCCUUUUUAAUUCUCAUUCGUUUAUUCAUAGGCAAUGCCUCUGUAUUAUAUUAUAGGUUCCCGAAUUCAUUUGGUUUUGCAUUGCACAUAGAAAAUCUGUUUAAUUUUUUCAUCAACUUCUGUCAUCUCAUGUCAUUGCUUCAUUCAAAACAGCGGGAUCUUCUUUUUUCUUUCUGUUUUGCCUAUAUCCAUAAUGAUAUCGAAAUAAUACUCCCUACUUUGAAUGGCAAAGUAACGAUAAGCAGCUUGGAGAGCAAGCAGCAUAGCAGUAUGCUUCUUGAUGUCCUGUGCAUUAUUCAAUGCGCAUGAAGCUACAAAGCUGUCAUUCUUGUCAAAUGCCAACUCACUUGUUACAUAGUUUUAAAACAAGUUCUGGACAUAAGGUCCAACGUAACCCACCGAAUUAAAAUGCUCUAUCGAGUUCUAACGUUACUGGAAGAAAAAGAAAAAUUCAAAACGUAUCUCCAGAGAAAAUACCUGUCGUUGAGCUUAGGUAGUCUUCGCUCUAAAAGAAACAGCGUUAAAGCUGUCAAUGCAUUUGUUGAGUGUCCUGUUGCGUGUAUUGUUGUUGGUUAUGUGUUGUUAUUUUGUGAGACCCGGCGACCACUGUCAUCGCUUUCGCUUUUCAACUAAAAGGCGCGCCAAGGCCUUGCUGCUUUUGACGCUAUGCCUGGCCGUGCAAAGUACCAACGUCUCUACUGUAUGCCCGUUUGUGCGUGGUCCAAACUCGGAACGUUGAUCAGUUUGGCUGUUGUUGUUGUUAAGCGAUGCCUCGGUGGGCUGAAAGCCGGCAAACACAUGGUAUGGCAUGUCGAAUCUAGUCAGUUUCACAUCAUGCCAAUGCGCUCGGCUGUGGCGAGUGAGUUCCUCAGUGCACGUGAUUCGCUGGUUUUUAGCAGUCUGUCACCCUAUUUUGUUUUCCCUCUGAAUUCAUUGCACCCAUGUUCGUCAUAUUUCAAGCCUUUAUUUCUUGUUUAGCUUGCAUGUCUUCAUUUUCACAGUAGUGUUAAGUUUUUGGCUAUCCACCUCUUUUGUGUCAAUUGCUUCAAACAUUAGUCACCUUCUUCUAUAAUCAAUCCAUAGCGCUUUGCCCUCGCUGGGCGCGAAUUGUUGUCCUAGUCGUGUUGAUAUUCGAACUGUGUGAUUACAUAGGGGCGCGCUGUUAGCUGUAGGUAUAAAUGCGUGUAUGUUUGUAUGGCUUGGCCACAAAUGUUGCCCUUUGGGGUGAGUCCGGCGCAGAAAGUCUGCUCUGUCGAAGCUAGUCAGAUCACAUCAUGACUUUCAGCAUCGCGCCGCCAAAUGUUGUUGUUGUCUUUGCUCUCGCCUUUCGCCGCGCUUUAGGGACAAAGAGCGAGUCAGGGUGGAGAUGUGAGAAAAAUGCUUAUGUAGGUAUAGCAUUGUAUUACGUUGUCAAUAAAAAAGUGGACGAUA